GAACGCACUGGGUCAAAACAAAGCAUGUGGAUGCAGGAGCUGUUAGAAGGGAACUUCUCCUUGAGAUGAGGAAAUCCUAACAGUCAGCAGCCACGUGUGGGUUGCAUCUUGAUGAUCUCUGGCGCGGAGCAGGAGGGAACUAUUGGGAGCUUCCCAACGGCCCCCUAUUAUUAUUUAGUUACUUAUCAACUGACUGAAGAGGGGGAAGCAGCAAGCAAGCAUCCAUCCUCUUCGACGCAAGAAGCAGCAGCAAUGGAUGCCCUUAUUGCGAGCCAGUUGUGGAUGGCGGGCAACACCAGGUCUCUAUCUCCAACCUCCUCCAUUCGAUUUUCCCAUCCAACCCCCAAAAAGAAAAUCGCCUUCGAUGCCAUGACCAUCCGAUCACUCUCACCAUCAUCCUCCUCUUCCCUUUCCAUGUCUCCCCAGGCAAAGGCAGAUUGUUGCAAAAGGGAGUCCAGAACAUCAGCAGGAUGGGUCCAGCAUCAGGCGAAGCAAUAGGUGGAAUCGGGGAAAGAAUGUUAACAAAUUUGAAGACUUUGUUAUGAGUGCGUUUACAUUAAUCUCGUGAUUAGUGGAUUAAUGAAUGAGUUGUAAUUUUCGUAUUAUUAGUUUGUUGAGAGACGGUUACAUCCACUCACAAUGUCCUGGCAUAGUACCUGUUUGUUAAAAUGCCAGAGUGGAAUAUUUGUUUUGAUUUGUAAUCAAUUGCCAGGUUGUGGCUAUAUAACUGAAGGAUCAAUGAGAAGGAUGGCAUCUUUGGCCAUAAUUCCUCUCAAUUCCUCUUAUCUCUUCCUCUCUAACCUUCUCCCUCCUCCUAUUCUCUUCUUAUUCUCUGCAACUCCUCUGAAUUCAUCCUUUGUAUUUCCAGAAUCGCAUCAACUUGGUGCUUUCAUUGAUCUAUGACUGACGGCAUGAUGACACGAGCAAAGGCGGUGGAUGAACAGCUUUCAGCUAUAGCCGAUCAGCUAGCUCGUCAUGAUGCAGUCUUCACCAAGAUUGAUUCCCUCUGUGCGACUGUGCAACAACACUCUGAUUCCUUCGAUCUGCUGCGCAAGAGUCACGCUGAGUCCUUUGACAUUCUCCGAAGUUCCCUCGCGGCCCAACAAUCCGUGAUGGCGGAAAUGAUGAUGAAAUUGCAGCAGCUUGACAAGGCUACCACUCAUCCCCCUCUGCUUCCACUUCCAACACCGAAACAAGGUACAAACCUUCUCCAAGCUUCACCACUAUCCCCACUGUCUCUCCAUUCUUCAUCCUCUAUGCCGUCCACUCGAUUGCCAACUAUUGACGUUCCGCUAUUCACUGGCGAGAAUGUCUUGGGUUGGUUGUUUCAAAUGAAUCACUUCUUUUCAUUUCAUCAAAUUCCUGAUGAUCAUCGGCUGCCCAUCGCGGCGUUCUAUAUGUCUGGAUCGGCACUGCAAUGGUUCCAAUGGCUUCAUACCACCGAUCAGUUACAUCAUUGGGAUGAUUUUGUUCGUAAAUUGGAACUCCGUUUUGGACCUUCCUCUUUUGCGAAUCAUGAGGCAGCCCUCUUCAAGCUCAAACAAACCUCAUCUCUCACAGCAUAUCUUCAGGAGUUUGAGUCCUUAUCUACCAGGGUCGUCGGAUUGAGCCAACAGAGCCUUCUUAACUGUUUUUUAUCAGGCCUCCGUGAAGAUGUCCAGCGGGAGCUCUACAUACUGAAACCGGCCUCCAUUCACGAUGCUGUCGGUAUGUCCAAAUUGGUGGAAGACAAGUUCCAAGCUAGCAGAUCUGCUGCAUCAAGGGCUCUGUUUCAUCGUCCUCCGGCCUUAGCACCAAAUCCAUCGGCACAACGCCCCAACUCUCUUCCAAUCAAGCGGCUUACGCCAACGGAGAUGGCGGCCCGACGAGAGAAGGGCUUGUGUUUUAAUUGCGAUGCCAAAUUUACACCGGGACACAGAUGCAAUCCUGCUCAAUUCCUAUGUUUGUUAAUGGAACCAGAGGAUUUGGUUUCGCCGACCGAGGAACCUCCACCGGAGUUACAAGCUCCUUCACUGGAUCUUGUUCCAGAAGGAUACUUGGACGCUGAAACCCCGAGUAUCUCCCUUCAUGCUCUGACGGGGCAGGUUGUUCCAUCGACUUUGAAGAUCGCCGGCACCAUCAACGGGAAAGACAUCAUCGUCCUCAUUGAUGGUGGCUCCACCAACAAUUUCGUGCAGACGAAAUUGGCCAAUCAUUUGGGUUUAACGGUCCAGCCCUCCAAUCAUUUACGGGUCACGGUUGGGAAUGGAGAUGCUGUCACGUGUGGUGGUGCGUGCUUGGCGGUUCCCUUAAAGCUAGGUGACGAGACAUUUGUGGUGGAUCUUCUCUUAUUGCCAAUUUAUGGUGCAGACGUGGUUCUUGGCGUGCAAUGGAUGCGCCAACUUGGCCCGAUCCUGUUUGAUUAUGGGGAAUUGUGGAUGGAGUUCAAUCAUUUGGGACAUCAAGUUCGAUUGAAGGGGUUAGAUCGAGUCCAAUAUGAUUCAACCCGCCCGGCUUCUCUCCGUCAAUCACAGUCGGACUCAGCCCAGUUAUACCAACUAACGGUUGAACCCGUUUAGACAAACCCGAACCCGACUUUUGAUGACUCGGCGCCCA